GGAGCACAGGGCGACUCAAGAGAGGGGCUUUCUCACAUUUCCCGAUUUCUCCCGGCUGUAUCCGCCGUACCGCUCCCCCCACAGCGGCCGACAGCGAGUCGAGACGACGACGACGGCCGCCUGGUGAUCUUUAAACCCCGCACACACUCCAAGCAGCUCCCCGUCUGAUCCAACCGAGAUUUGAUCCUGAAGGAGUGAUGCCGCUGUGAUGACCUCAGUUUCCUCCAGGGAUUAUUCUCCAGUCAGACAAGUUGGACAAGUUCUAGCCUGGAUCCAGUUGACAGAUUUACGUGAUGGACAGGUGAUGGAGUCGUCCAUCAUCUUCGUUCCCCACUGACUAGCCCCGCCAGCCUUUGCUCUCAGGCACAAGUGUGUACCGUCAUUGCAAGGGCCCCCAUUUUUUUGCCAUGGUGACAUAAGCGGUGCUGCAACAUGAGGAAACGCCAACAUCAUCGUCUCGUUUUUCCUUCCUCGGUGGCUGCUGCAGCUGCUACGCUAAUGCUGCUUAGCUUCACGAGAACAGUUAGUUUGUCGUGAGCGAUUCCUGCUCCAGUUUUUUUUAUUUUAUUUUAGUAGUUUUUAAAUUUAUUUGUGGUUUUGUUUUUUUUAAAUACACACACACAGAGAGAGACUGUCCACUUGGCGUGUUGCUGGGCCGGUGGGGCGGAGCGGUGUGGUGUGAGACGAUGCUGGGAUGUGUGUCACGCCUCCGCCGGCUGGUCCGCCUCCUUCCCCUGCAGACCUCCCUGCUCCUCCUCUUCAUCUUCUGCACCGUCAGCGUCUUCAUCUUCUCCUACUACCUCUAUGGCGUUAAGCGGGAGCCCGAGCCGUCAGGAGGGGGCAUGUCCGGGUCCGAGGGACUUCCCCCAGACUUGGAUUACCCGAGGGUCAUUCCGUCCCGGUUGUUACCCAUACGAAGUGUCCCAGGGGCUAAUGGGGUGGAUCUCGGAGGGACCAGGACAGAUCCUGUGGUUCUGGUGUUUGUGGAAAGCCAAUAUUCUCAACUGGGGCAGGAGAUCGUGGCCAUCUUGGAGUCGGGCCGCUUCAAGUAUCGGACCGAGAUCUCUCCUGGGAAGGGGGACAUGCCUACACUGACGGACAAAGAGCGAGGGCGUUUUACGCUUGUGAUUUACGAGAACAUCCUCAAGUAUGUGAACUUGGACGCCUGGAACCGAGAGCUGCUGGAUAAAUACUGCGUGGAGUACGGAGUGGGCAUCAUUGGCUUCUUCAAGGCCAAUGAAAACAGUCUGCUCAGUGCCCAGCUCAAAGGCUUCCCCCUCUUUCUUCACUCCAACUUGGGUCUGAAGGACUGCACUGUCAACCCAAAGUCCCCACUUCUCUUCAUCACCCGAGCCGGCCAGUCCCUGCCAGGUCCACUGCCCGGGGACGACUGGACCGUGUUCCAGUCUAACCACUCUACGUACGAGCCCGUGUUGAUGGCCAAGACCCAAUCGGCGGAGAGCGUUGCGUCGAUAGGGCAGCACGCUGCAAUGCUCCCAUCGGUGGUGCAGGACCUGGGGCUGCAUGACGGCAUCCAAAGGGUCCUGUUUGGCAACAAUUUGAACUUCUGGCUGCACAAGCUGGUGUUUGUAGACGCUGUGGCCUUUCUGACUGGGAAGAGGCUCUCUUUGUCCCUGGAGCGCUACAUCCUCGUGGAUAUAGAUGAUAUAUUUGUGGGCAAGGAGGGCACCCGCAUGAAGGUGCCCGAUGUGAAGGCCCUGCAGGAGACGCAGAGGGAGCUGCGCACCUAUGUGCCCAACUUCACCUUCAAUCUGGGCUUCUCAGGGAAGUUCUUUCACGCUGGCUCUGAUGAGGAGGACCUGGGAGACGACCUGCUGCUUUCCCACGUGAAGGAUUUCUGGUGGUUUCCUCACAUGUGGAGCCACAUGCAGCCCCAUUUAUUCCACAACCAGUCCGUGCUGGCCGAGCAGAUGUUGCUCAACAAGAAAUUUGCCAUGGAGCAUGGGAUCCCCACUAACAUGGGCUACGCGGUGGCUCCUCAUCACUCGGGGGUUUACCCCGUACACAUACAGCUGUACGACGCCUGGAAGAAGGUGUGGGGCAUCAAGGUGACGAGCACCGAGGAGUACCCGCACCUAAAGCCCGCUCGCUUCAGGCGAGGCUUCAUCCACAGCGGCAUCAGUGUAUUGCCCAGACAGACGUGUGGUCUCUUCACACACACCAUCUUCUAUAAAGACUACCCAGGCAGUCCAAAUGAACUGGACAAGCUCAUCAAUGGGGGGGAACUCUUCCUCACAGUUCUGCUGAACCCUAUCAGUAUUUUUAUGACCCAUUUGUCCAACUACGGGAACGACCGCCUCGGCCUGUACACCUUCAAAAGCCUGGUGAUGUUCGUGAAGUCGUGGACCAACCUGAAGAUGCAGACCCUGCCUCCGAUCCAGCUGGCCCAGAAAUACUUCAGCCUGUUCCCCUCUGAGAGAGAGCCCCUCUGGCAGGAUCCUUGUGAGGACAAAAGACACAAGGACAUCUGGUCCAAAGAGAAAACGUGUGACCGCUUCCCCAAGCUGCUGGUUAUUGGGCCUCAGAAGACAGGAACAACAGCGCUCUUCUUGUUCCUUGGGAUGCACCCUGACCUGACCAGCAACUACCCCAGCAAGGAGACGUUUGAGGAGAUCCAGUUCUUCAACGGACACAACUAUCAUCGAGGCAUUGACUGGUAUAUGGACUACUUCCCUCUGCCCUCCAACACCAGUUCAGACUACUACUUUGAGAAGAGUGCCAACUACUUUGACUCUGAGGUGGCUGCUCAGAGGGCGGCAGCUCUCCUCCCCAAAGCGAAGAUCAUCACCAUCCUCAUCAACCCGGCGGACAGAGCGUACUCGUGGUACCAGCACCAAAGGGCCCACGAUGACCCAGUGGCUCUCAAAUACUCCUUCCAUGAAGUCAUCGCUGCAGGCCGCGAUGCUCCCGUCAAACUACGGAUCCUUCAGAAUCGGUGUCUGGUCCCAGGAUGGUACGCCAUCCACCUUGACCGCUGGCUCAAUCUCUACCACUCCAGUCAGGUGUUGGUUUUGGACGGACAAAUGCUGAAAAGUGAGCCCGCCUCAGUCAUGGAUAAAAUUCAGAAGUUUCUUGGCCUCCCAAACGUCAUCAACUACCACAAGAUCUUAGCGUUUGACCCCAAGAAGGGCUUCUGGUGUCAGCUGCUGGAGGGAGGGAAGACCAAGUGUUUGGGAAAGAGUAAAGGACGCAGGUACCCUGAUAUGGUCCCUGAGUCCCAGGAGUUCCUCAGGGAGUACUACAGGGAUCACAACAUUGAGCUGUCCAAGCUGCUCUACAGGAUCGGUCAGCCGUUACCCAGCUGGCUCAGAGAGGAGCUGAUCCACACCAGGUAGCAGCACCUUGGCAGAGGAAGACCACAGCUCCUCACACUGAACCACCGCUCCACCCUGCAGGGCUCUCCGACCACAUAGCCUGAAACGGUGAAGAUCUCCGGGUGUUUUUGACAAACUGGAGUGUACAGAGAUCCGAAGAUGGGAGACCCAAAUAGGAACUCGAAACGCAACCGCGAUCUUCCAAAACGGGCCGAGCCAGGAACACGUCAUCCGAAACAUUUCAGUUGUUGAGACUCGGUGACGCACACGAGGGAGCCUUCAGUGUUUGAUGAUCGCCUCGUUCUCCAUCAUCAAACUUUCAUCAUCACAUGAACUCAGCGUGGGAUAUCCAGGAGACGGAGGAUGAAAACGAUGUGAUGAAAACAUAAUCACGUGUCCACACCUGUGAGCGUGUGGCGCUUGUUUUUUUGUUUUUUUUUAAGAACACGUCAACAAGUAACUUGAUGAAAGGCAGCGUACUGACCAGGAACUUUGAUCCAAGCUACUUGUGAUGAAGGCGUUUGUAUGAGAGUGAAGCAGGGCGUGUGGAGUCUCGACUCUGGCUGCAUCUUGUAGCCUUACUUGAUAGGCCUUGGUAGAAUCUAGUUAUUACAUUUACAAGUGCCAGGACAGAAUCUUCAUUCAACUAUCACCACAUGGACUUUUGAGGGUUCUUCUUUUUAACUUUCCGUUUAGUUUUCUUUGUUCUGAUUUAACAUUUUUUUAAGCUUGAUGGAAAUGCAUAGAAUGUACCAAACCUAAACAUGUUCACUGUUUUCACACGCAUAGAAGAAGAAGGAAAAAAAAAAGCAGGGCGUGCAGUUCGGUCUUUUUUAACUGUUUUUGUCCGUUUCGUGAAUGGGCUACAGGAAGGACGGGAAGAAGAGAUGCUGGAAGCACAAAGACACUCACGGGAGCGUCGCCUCUGAACGUCCAGAUAAACAGAAAGCACACUAACUAACUGGGUCCUGCUACGAUCUGUGAAGAGAAUCAUAAGCUAGCUACUGCACGUUUGUUCAGCACUCUGGUCCUGCAGAUUCAGAUCAGUGUACAGAAGAAGAAAGUGCAUUUCAAAAAGUUUUUUUUUUUUUUGUCAAAACUGUAUAUUUUUGUUUAUAGUUGUUUUUUUUUUUUUUUUAUUCUAUUUUAAUUUACUAGACAAGUUUUAAAUUGGGGGGGAUUAAAGGAAAGUUGCCAGAAUAACUUUACAGAAACAUGCAGAUGGUUGGUGUGUCGGUCACGUUACCAUCACAUCUGGAUGUCAAGCAUCGGUAACAAAAAAAGCUGCUCUAACUGCAAUAGUUUGUACAUUGUUCUGAUGUAACGAUGCACACAGGUCGUCAUUUCCUGACUUUGUAAUGUACAUAAUGCGAAACCCUGAGUAGACCUAAAUUAUUGAAUGUGUUUGGGUUUGCGCUCCAUCCGCCUGUUCUAUCGUGACACAUCAGCGCUGCACCGGGGGCAGUUUGGACUCUUUAUCAGUCAAACGUGUCGCUAAGUGUUUCCUCUCACUGCCAACUGUUGUACAAAAAGAAAAAGUGCAGAAUUUCUCCAUAUAAAGUAUUAACACAUAACAGCAACGAUGGUACUAAUCUCC